UACUGCUGCCUGUUCAGAACAUCCAAAUACACCAAAUACAACAACAGCCCAGCCCAAUCAGAUGCACAGAAACAUAAACAGAGAAGGAGGUCUAGUACGCACAUCAGGUUUCAGAGGCCUAAGUGGGUAUCCAGGCCCACCUGGCUUACCAGGUCCUCCAGGUGAAAAAGGAGACAAAGGGUAUGCAGGAGUGAUGGGUCGAACGGGCCAGACAGGGUACAGAGGACCAAUCGGACCGCCAGGCAUGCCUGCUAUUGUAGUCUGGUACACAUCAGAAGAAGAAUGGCAAGCUUUUAAGAAAAAGAAAUUCUACAAAAAACUAGUGUCACUGUGGCCGAGAGUGAAGGGAUUACCAGGACCUAUGGGACCACAUGGACAGCCUGGACCACUCAAAUGCGGAAGAAUAGGACCAGUAGGAAUUCCAGGGUCGCUUGGGAGACCAGGAUCAGAGGGCGCUGCUGGGAAGGAUGGGGAGACAGGCCCUAAAGGACCACCUGGGAGGAUGUAA